AUGCCAAGGUCCUCUUCAUCAAGACCGUUGUCCAUAGGUGGCGCCAUUUCUACUGUUUCGUCUCCUUUACGCAAUAGCUUCGUCGAUGUCAGUUGCCGUUCUCCAAUUAACCCCCGGCGGCCAGGCCGGCCAACACACAAAAACGAAGUUGCCUCCGGGCCUAAUGGUCUCUUUCUCAAUACAGCAGAAUCACGUUAUGCUACAUUCAAUAGCUCGACAUAUCUUAGCACACCCCGGUCCUUUCCGAUAGCGUCACCCAGAAAAUCUCAUUCAAGCAUAUACUCCCCUAAAUAUAAUGACGAUGACCAGCUUUCUUCCAGUACCACACUAGUGUCACCAUACAGCACCAAUACCUUACCUCUCACGCCAAACUACAACCCACCAUCCUCAUCUGGGAAGCUUGGUACUUUUUCCGCCAUCAACAUAAUUCUUGGAAAGACGAUCGGAGUAGGGAUAUACUCUAUUCCAAGCUCAAUCUUCAACUCUGUCGGCUCCGUUGGUGCCUCGAUUACACUAUGGAUACUUGGUUCCGCCAUCUCCUUUUGUGGUUUGGCGGUAUAUCUUGAUCUUGGGACAGCUAUUCCACGCUCAGGCGGCGAGCGAAUAUAUCUGGAACGCAUUUUCAGGAAGCCUCAUAUGCUAGCUACUUGCAUGUUUAUGUCAUACGUUGUACUUUUGGGCUUUAGCACCCCGAAUUGCAUCGUUCUAGGCGAGUAUGUCAUGUACGCACUGCAAAUAGAAGUCAAUCGCUGGAAUGUUCGGAGUGUGGCAGUGGCCGUCAUCACUCUUAUAUGUUUCAUUCACGCCCGGUAUAAAAAGCUUGGGCUGCGCAUAAUCAAUAUCCUCGGCGUCGGCAAGAUGGCAAUCCUCGUGAUUGUAAUCCUCUCUGGGGUCGCGGGGAUCAUCAUGGGCGUGGGCUCUGAAUACUCGCCUUUGGCUUUGACUGCUCGGCGUCUCAGGCCAGAUAGUUAUUCAUCACUCUCAGAGGGUGAUGGACAUCUUACGACAGCCCAAAGGAACUUUUCCAAUCUCUUCGAAGGGUCAUCUACACAACCACAUGACUACGCCACGGCCCUCCUCAAAAUUCUCUACUGCUUUCGCGGUUACAGCACAGCGAACCAGGUCCUCUCUUCAGUCCGAAAUCCAAUCCCUACUUUGAAACGGGCCGCGCCAAUUGCGCUGUUACUAGUAUCAGCUGCAUACAUCUUGGCCAACAUUGCUUAUUUUGCCGUUGUAUCGCGCGAAGAUUUCCGGAGCAGCGGGGUUCUAAUUGCAGGUUAUUUCUUCCGGAAUAUCUUUGGUGAGCAAGUAGGGGGUAACAUCCUACCCUUAUUCAUCAUUAUAUCUGCAUUUGGAAACAUUGCGGCGACGUCCUUUGCCCAAGCUUGCGUCAAUAUGGAACUAGGACGGGACGGUCUCCUUCCCUUCUCGCGGUUCUUCAAACACUCGAUCUCCCUUUCCAGCAUUCUGGGGAAAACUGGUUCUUCUUCCAACGAGAAAGACCAGCUACAAGAAGAAGAUGCCACCCCAGGCCUCAUCCUUCACUGGCUUGUCUCCAUUCUCGUCAUCAUCCUUCCCCCACCCGGCGAGAUUUACAACUUCCUGGUGGACAUCGGCGGCUACCCUGUCUCGGUGAUCUCGGUCUCCAUCUCCGUCGGUCUUCUUUACCUCCAGCUCAACCCCUCAGAAAACUGGAAAGGUCACGAAGGGUACGAAUCCAAAAAGAUAUACACCGCCGUGUUCGCGGCGAGUAAUGUGCUCUUGCUUGUAUUGCCGUGGAUCAAACCUAACGGGGGCGUCGAAGGGCGGGAGGGUUUGGGUGGUGGUGAGAGAUUUAAGUGGUAUGCAUAUCCCUCUACUGGUUUGGGGAUUUUGGGCCUUGGGGUCUUGUAUUGGGUGUGGUGGAGUAAGAUCAAGCCGAGGGUCUGUGGUGGUUUGGCGGGAGGAAGGUCUUGGUUGCGAGGUCACCAGAAGCGGGAUUCGGGUGGUGAGGAUGUGCCUAUGAUGAAUUUUGAGUUUAAUGGAGGUGAGGAUGGUGAUGAGGAUCGACUGGCGGAAUCAAUUCUCGACGAGGACUUAGAUGAGGCCUCCGGAAUAAGGAAACGGGCCCCAUGUGGGUGUCCAAUACCUCACUCGGCGAAUCCCAAAGAGAGUGGAUCGUCAUAA